AGUUAAAACGACGUGUUUUGGAUAGAAGUACGUCAUUCGGGGACUAAACUCAGCAUCCAAAAACGAAAAUAUUCCCAGUGGCAUUUCCGAUAUUUCGACACAUCCUGUGGCAACGUUCCGUUACCCUUCUACUUUCUUCAACCGUGUUUGGUAAUUGUGAAUGUGAUUUGUCGAUCAAUCUUAAUUUCCUCCCUUCUUCUCAGACCCUCUGAUCAUCUUUCCGUCUUCUCUCACUAUCUCAGAAAAAACCUUAUCAAAUUCUCAGUGCCUCAAUCGCACAAUCAGGAACCUACAAUCUUCAACACUAAGAAGAGAUAAAGAAAGAAUUAGAGAUAAACAAUGGUGGAUUCCAGCGAUAAAUUGGCGUAUUUUCAAGCAAUUACAGGAGUAGAAGACAUAGAUUUAUGCACAGAGAUACUUGCUGCGCAUAAUUGGGAUCUUGAACUUGCAAUCGCUACUUUUACUGGAAAUCACACCUCUUCACCACCGCAAACUGAUGUCGGUAGCAGUGGACAACAUUUUCUUCCAGAUUCUACUCAGAACGACGUCGUUUUACGGCCCGAUUCGAAUUCCGCUGCCGGAAACCCUAGUUUAGCGUGGAGGAUUGUUACGCUUCCAAUUUCAAUUGUUUCCGGUAGUUUAGGGUUGGUUUCUAGUGCUGUUGGGCUUGGGUUCUGGGCUGCAGGUGGAGUUUUGUCAUACUCAUUUGGUAUGUUGGGACUCGGAGGUCGUAGAAAUGGAGAAUCGUCGUCAAGUCCAUUAGUUGAAGCUCAGCCUUCUGCUGCUGAGGCUAUGGAGUUUGUGGCGAGUCUGGAGAGAGAGUAUGGAGCGUCUGUGAGAGUUAGAUUUGUUUCUGAAGGGUUUAUGGAUGCGCUUCAGCGGUCGCGUCAUGCUUAUAAGCUGUUGUUUGUUUAUUUACAUUCUCCGGAUCAUCCUGAUACGCCGGGUUUUGUUGAGAGGACAAUAGGAAAUGAAGCAUUUGCGGCGUUUGUUAAUGAGAAUUUUGUGGCGUGGGGUGGAAGUAUUCGAGCUACAGAAGGAUUUAAGAUGAGUAAUAGCUUGAAAGCUUCUAGGUUUCCUUUCUGUGCUGUUGUUAUGGCUGCUACAAAUCAAAGGAUUGCUCUGCUUCAGCAGAUUGAGGGUCCAAAAUCUCCUGAAGAGAUGCUUUCAAUAUUACAGAGAGUUCUGGAAGAAACUUCUCCUGUACUUGUCUCUGCCAGAGUUGAAGCAGAAGAGAGGAGAAACAACAUGCGUUUGCGGGAAGAACAAGAUGCUGCUUACAGAGCUGCAUUAGAAGCUGAUCAGGCUAGGGAGCGACAGAGGAUAGAAGAACAAGAGAGACUUGAGAGGGAGCGUGCUGAAGUAGAGCAAAAGCAGCGUGAGGAAGAAGAAGCUCGUGAGAGAGAAGCACGUGAAGCAGCUGAAAGAGAAGCUGCCUUAGCUCGUAGGAAACAGGAAAAGGCUCUAUCUCUAGGCGCUGAACCUGAGAAAGGACCCGAUGUUACUCAAGUUUUGGUGAGGUUUCCAACUGGAGAACGAAAAGACAGGAGAUUCCACAGCAAUGCAACCAUCCAGUCCAUAUAUGACUAUGUCGAUUCUUUAGAUUGCUCAACAUUAGAGUGCUACAGUCUAGUCUCUAAUUUUCCUCGAACAGUAUAUGGACCAGACAAGCAUUCUUUAACCUUGAAGGAAGCAGGCUUGCAUCCUCAGGCAAGUCUCUUUGUGGAGCCAAACUUGUGAAGAAAUAGGUAUCUGAUGAACGAUAUUCACAACUGUGAUCAUAAAGUACAAUGCCUAAAUGCUGUUGUUUAGCAAGUAUUUUCUGAUUAUGAUGUAGUGUAUUUCUUUUCUAAAUCAACAAUCUCGUUGACUCGAGUAGUAGAUGGAUUUUAAUAAAGUCUGUUAAUUUUUUCGAUAAUUUUGUUUCUUACUUUUGGGAAAAUUUGGAUGUUGUAUGCAUAUUCUCUGCUGUUAUCGACUAUAUAAAGCACUUUCAAAACAGAGAAUUUCUCUCAAGGAGCUCUUUUUGGAGAA